GUGAAGACGAGUCGACCUGCUGAAGUUCAAACCGAGCAUCAGAAUGAGGAAGAAAGGUUGAGCCGUCCUUUGCUCAGCUUUGAUGCCAUUUGUGUGAAAUGGAGCCAGACGGGGACCUAAACCCAGACACGGAUGACCUUCCACUCCGAGCCAAUACUAACCAUAUACUUGUCAGACAUUAUGUGCUGGACCUGACUGUUCAUUUUGAGAGGAAGGUCAUCAGUGGUAGUGUCGUUUUCUUCCUGGAGCCUUGCUCUGGAGUGGGGACGACGGUUAAGGAUGACACUGGACCUGGAGCUGGUGAUGGAGCUCGUACUGUAGAGGCCAGAGGGAGUCAGAAUGCAUUUGUGUGUAGAUCUCAGAAAAAAAAAAAAAAAAAAAAAAGUACAAAAGGACUUGAAGAAACCACUACAAGUAUAGAGAAGAUGUUUGGUGCUGUAGAAGGAGGCAGUCAUUUGCAGACUGCAGCUAAAACCAAAAGCAUCCAGUCUUCACAUUUGUGGGAAACCACCAGUGACGGUGAUUUCACCUUAGUGCUGGACUGCUGUGACCUCAACGUGUCCAAAGUGGAAGAAGUGGACGUCACCUCUGUGUCAGCCAUGUCUAACCUCCUGCCAGAGGUCGAUUGUGAGAGGUCAGGGGUCAGUUCAGUGAACUCACAAGCAGCCUUUAUUCAGGCAAUUAUCUCCACGCCCUCUAGCCAAUGGAGGCAGAAGCACCAGCUUUUUUCACUGUGUAGCCGUGCCUCUGGUGCUCAGGACGGCGCAUCACUGCAUUUUCAGAGAGACCGAUGGAGUCUGCAGGUGAGGAAGAAGGGGGUCGCGUCACCUCAGGAGUUCCCUCGUGCUGUUAGGAUCUGCUAUGAAACGAGGCCAACAGGAGGCUCUGUGAGGUGGACCAAAGACCAGGACGACAGGGUGUGUGUUUACACUGCCGGUUCUCCCAUCAACAACCGAGCCCUCUUCCCCUGCCAGGAGCCGCCUGUUGCCAUGUCAACAUGGCAGGCAACAGUACGGGCCCCCAGUGAGUGUGUGGUUUUGAUGAGCGGGGAGGAGCAGACUGUACCUAUUGAGGACGGGGACACACACUUCUCAGUCUGGAAUUACUACGUCACUAUGCCCAUGCCUGCCUCCACCUUCACCUUGGCAGUGGGCCACUGGCACCAAGUCACAGCAGAAAUUCCCCCAGCGCUGGAAAGAGGGGUGAGGGACAAGACGGAUUGUGGCAAGACGGCCAAACUUGGGUCUGGGCCUGGGGAAUGGACUGAGGCUGACCUUACGUCUGGACUUGGAAGCUCCAUCAGUGCAGUAGUAAAGGGCUCUCCACUCACGACUGGCAGCGGAGACCAGGCCACCCGCUCAGACUCAACAUUCUGUUGCUUUUCCCUUGAGGAUGGGGGGCUCUCUGUAACUGAAUAUUCAGGCAUGGUGGAUGACGGCAUCUCUUGUUCCCAUGGCGACUACCCUUGCCGAUUUACUGAGCAGUCGGCUAGGUCCCAGCGGGUGAUUCCACACCGUGUGUUUGGCCCUGUCUGCUUGCUACAGGAGGCCCAGAUGGGAGUCCUCAAGCUGUUGCCUCAGUGUUUGGCUGCAGCCCACACUGUUCUGGGGGUCCACCCCUUUCCCCGCCUUGAUGUUCUCAUCGUCCCAGCAGGGUUCUCCAGUUUGGGCAUGGCCAGCCCCCAUAUAAUUUUCCUGUCCCAGAGUGUGCUGUGCGCUGGACGUCCUGGUUCUGGAGAGAACGGCCUGUCUCUGUGUGGCUCCAGGAUAUGCCAUGAGAUCGCUCACUCCUGGUUCGGCCUGGUUAUUGGAGCCAGAGACUGGACUGAGGAAUGGAUCAGCGAGGGCUUUGCCACCUACCUGGAGGAUAUUAUCUGGGCCCAAGCACAACACCUCUCCUUACAAGAGACAGCAGAGCAGUCUGACCUGAAGGCACUGCUGAGGUGGAGACGACUCUCUGACGAGUUGCAGAACUCAGAGGAGGCGCUUCAAAUCCUCAGACCUAACAUGGAGAACACUGGUCAGGUCAGUGAGUCUGGCUCCUCCACGGUUAAACACGCCCUCAACCCUGACAAAACCUUCAUGCAAGUCCACUACCUCAAGGGUUAUUUCCUCCUCAGGUUCUUGGCCAGUCAAGUGGGAGAGCAACAAUUCAUCAACUUCUUUAGAUUAUUUGUGAAGCAAUACCACGGGCAGCUCAUUUUGUCUCAGGAUUUCCUGCGAAUGCUGCUGAUUACCUUUCCCGACAUGGAGAGAAAAGGCCUCACCCUCAGUGCUAUUUAUGCUGACUGGCUCGAUCGACCGGGAAUUCCAAAGUGGCUGUAUGAAAGGAGCGCCGUGUGGUCACAGGCGAGGCUGGUGGAAGAACUCAAAGCAGAGGUUGUAAAAUGGAUUCUCCACAGUCAGAGUCAUCAGGGAAAGGGCAGAAAGCGGAAGAGAAUAGAGCCCAAGGUGAACUACAAAGAGGUGACGUCGGAGCAGCUGGUGAUGCUUUUGGAGCUUCUACUCGAGGAAGAGGAGCUAAGCAUGGCAACCAUGGGUGCUCUGAAGAGAACCUACAGCCUACAAGAUAGAGACGCUGAAGUUCGACAUCGCUGGUGCGAGCUGGUGGUCAAACACGCGUACACUCGGGCUUACACAGACGUGGGGCACUUUCUGGUUCAUGACCAGGCAAUGGGUGUGUAUCUAUAUGGGGAGCUGAUGGUUAAAGAGGACGCUGAGCAGCAGGCUCUCGCCCGUCGCUGCCUCUCAUUGGUCCAGGAGGAAAUGGACCAGUCGGCACGCAGAGUGGUGGAGGAGAUGGUCCUAUGAUGUUGGAGGUUGCCGACUACAGACGGAGAUGACAGGAGUUUGGCACACAGGGCGUACGAGGAUCCAGCGCCCACCUCCUCUUCCUCUGUAGGAGAGGGGACGCUGCAGAAUCGCUCAGCAGUGUGAACACCAGAAGGCUGCACUCUUUUACUCCACAGCCACGGCCAGUUGGCAAGGUUUAGAGUACGGCAGUUCUGUCCAUUCAGGUCUAAAGAAAUAACUGGUGUGUGUGUGAACCAGCAGCAAUACAAGCGGUUCCUGGUGAGAUGCAGUGUUGUUGAGUACGUUAUUGUUGUGGUAAGAGAGAAAAAUAACAUCAUUGCACCAGCUUAAAAAUGACAGACACUGUAGAAAGAGAGGUAUUUCAUAGACCUGCGUCCAUGUUGAAGAACCUAAGCUGCUGUUUAAGUUAGUUUCGCUAGGUGAGAGUGUGUGUGUGUAGGUGUGACUUCAUGUCUGUUUAGUCUGAAGGCAUGAUCUGGUUCUUAAAAGUUUAGACGGGAAAUACUUUCAGGUUUUUAUACGUAACAAUUACUUCAGUCUGGCCAGUAACAACACUGGAAAAUACACAACCAACGACUCUCAGGGCAUUUCUACUUGUAUGAAUGAUGGUUUUGUAACUGCUGUGUGAACAAAUAAUAAUGCUAAACUUUUUCUUUUCGUUUGUAUAUUUUAAGUGAAAAUUUUUGAUAUGUUCAUGUUAAAAUAAAAUUAUUUUUAAAUAA